AUGGACUCACUCACCGCCGCCCAACGCGUGCUCGAAACCCCAGAACUGCUCGAAAUGAUACUAGCAGAGCUGCACCCAUGCCAAUUACUCGUCUCCCAGCGCGUCAACACACUCUGGCACGAUCUAACCGCAAACUCACCCCAAUUGCAGCAACUGCUGUUCAUGAGGCCGUCAUGGCCAAAAGCCAAACCCUUUGACGCACACCUGUCCUGCGAAGCCAAUCGACCCAGCGAACGACCCAGAAACAACAUGAUGCUGAGAAAAGUGCUGGGUGGGAGAUACCCUACGUUCACACCUCGAGUGACCAGCGAGAAAGAUGAGGAAGAGUACGCAGACAAAGGUAGUCCGUCGAGCUACUGGACCUGGGAUGUCAAUGUCAUGUACCCCAGCGACAAACUACCGACAGAAGAUCCCGCCGUACUGUACGAGAAAGCGAGCUGGCGUCGCAUGUACCUCUGCCAACCACCCUGUACGGAGCUAUAUCUUGCGCGUCGCUGGUGUCGAGCGGCUCGACCAGCAAUCGUAUCCAAGGAAGGCAUCACCAUGGAGACGUUCAUCGAGAAGGCGAACAAGGCCCGCGAACUCUGGAAUCAGCUCUUCAUCUCGAGCGAUGGUGAUUGGCACUUUGAGGGACCUAUGCGGAGCAAGUAA